CGAGGCAUUGACGCUUGAAUCGACGAAAGGCCCCUUAACGCUAACUUUUGGCACACCGAUAUACCCUGAAACAUACGCUCGGGCUAUAAGGCUUGAUUUGGAGGUCUCAUUCGCGUGAUGCUGUAGACAACCGCGAUUCUUCAUAUUCGCGUGUAGGUCAAGAUGUAUGUCAAGCAGAUUAUCAUUCAGGGCUUCAAGAGCUACAAGGAUCAAACGGUCAUUGAACCCUUCUCGCCCAAACAUAAUGUCAUUGUCGGCCGCAAUGGUUCCGGGAAGAGUAACUUUUUCGCCGCCAUCCGUUUCGUACUCAGCGAUGCCUACACUCACCUAGGCAGAGAGGAGCGACAGGCUCUUUUACACGAAGGUUCCGGCUCAGCGGUCAUGUCGGCGUAUGUUGAGAUUAUUUUUGAUAACUCCGACGAGCGAUUCCCUACCGGAAAGCCCGAGCUCGUCCUCCGCCGAACAAUUGGUCUUAAGAAAGAUGAAUACACUCUUGAUAGGAAGAAUGCGACGAAAAACGACGUAAUGAACCUACUUGAGUCGGCCGGUUUCUCGCGAUCCAACCCGUACUAUAUCGUGCCGCAGGGUCGAGUCACGGCUCUUACAAAUAUGAAGGAUUCUGAGCGGCUAAAUCUUCUAAAGGAAGUUGCAGGGACCCAAGUUUACGAGGCACGACGUGCGGAGUCUCUAAAAAUCAUGCACGAGACGAACAGCAAACGGGAGAAAAUUGAUGAGCUAUUAGAUUUCAUUAACGAACGGCUGGCAGAGCUUGAAGAGGAGAAGGACGAAUUGCGGAAUUUCCAAGAGAAGGAUAAAGAGCGAAGGUGCUUGGAAUACACAAUCUACUCUCGCGAGCAGCAAGAAAUUGCUAGCUUUUUAGACAGCCUCGAAGAACAGAGACAAACUGGUGUCGAGGAUACUGACAUUAAUCGCGACCGUUUCAUUCAAGGAGAGAAGGAAAUGGCCCAGGUCGAUGCAGAGAUCGCCGAGUGCAAACAGCAGAUUGAAUUUCUCAAGGUUGAUAAAGCACAGCUGGAAGACGAACGACGCGAGGCGUCUAAGGCACUUGCUCAAGUAGAACUACAAGCUAAGUCGCUGUCGGAUAAUCAGGCUGCUGCCCAAGAGUCAAAAGCACGCCAUGACGAAAGCUUGAAAGCUGUCCAAUCGGCAAUUGAAGAGCGCCAGACAGAACUCAAAGAGCUCGUUCCCCGUUUCAUUUCGGCCAAAGAUGCAGAGGACGCUGCCAGAGCUAAACUUACGGAAGCUGAAACAGCCCGCCAAAGGCUGUAUGCUAAGCAGGGCCGAAAUUCACGCUUCAAGAACAAGUCUGAGCGGGAUAAGUGGCUACAGGCGGAGAUAAAGAAUAACAACGCUUCUAUUUCGAGCGUGCAGUCCGUGUUGUCGCAGACACAGGAAGAUAUCAAUGAUAUCGAGAAUGAUAUUGCUCUCUUGGAGCCGGAAACGGAACGCCUGCGCCAGCAGAUCGAUGGGAGGGGCGAUACUAUUCAAAGCGUGGAACAACAGGUACAAGCGGCCAAGGAUGAAAGAGACAGACUCAUGGACCAGAGGAAGUAUGUUGAUUGGCCUAGAACCUCAUGUGCAACGCUGACUAUCCAUAGGGAACUUUGGCGAGAAGAAGCAAAACUUGACUCGAUUCUGAUUAAUGCCUCAAACGAAGUUGAUCGUGCAGAGCGCAAUUUGUCUCAGAUGAUGGAUCACAACACCAGCCGUGGUAUUGCUGCUGUACGGAGGAUUAAACGGCAGCACAAUUUGGAAGGUGUUUACGGUACACUUGCAGAGCUAUUUGAGGUGAAUGACAGAUACCGCACUGCUGUUGAGGUUACAGCAGGCCAGAGUUUGUUUCACUACGUUGUUGACACAGACGAUACUGCUACCAAAGUCCUCGAGAUCCUUCAGCAUGAAAAGGCAGGAAGAGUUACGUUUAUGCCUCUUAACCGGCUCAGAACCAAGCCGCUCAAUAUGCCAAAAGCCAGCGACACGAUCCCGAUGAUUGAGAAGCUACAAUAUGACCGUGCAUAUGAAAAGGCUUUUCAACAUGUAUUCGGCAAAACAAUCAUCUGUCCCAAUCUUCAGGUUGCUUCGCAGUAUGCUCGAAGCCACGGAGUUAAUGCCACCACCCCAGAGGGGGAUCGCUCUGACAAGAGAGGUGCUCUUACCGGAGGUUUCCACGACUCACGGCAAUCUCGUCUCGACGCGGUGAAGAACCUCGCCAAGUGGAGAGACGAGUAUGAAACUAAGAAGAGCCGCGGAAGUGAAAUCCGCAAAGAGCUCGAGGAGCUAGAUCAGCUCAUUACCAGGGCUGUCGGCGAAUUACAGAAACUGGAACAGCAAAGGCACCAGGUACAAAACAGCAGCGGGCCGUUACGCCAAGAAUUGAGAAGCAAGCGCGACCUUCUACAGAAGCAAAAUGAUAAUCUGGACGCCAAACGGAGAGCUCUUCGGAACAUUGAAGGCAACCUUGCUGCUCUAAAGGAUCAAGUCGACGCAUUCGAAGCUGAACUCUCGUCGCCCUUCCACAAGGCUCUUACCGACGAAGAAGAGGCCCGCCUUGAGUCUUUGAACUCUAAUGUUCAAGAAUACCGUCGAGAAUAUCAAGAGCUUUCCGGAAAACGAAGUGAGCUAGAGACUCGAAAGUCAGUGCUGGAGGUCGAGCUGCGGGAGAACUUGAACCCUCGCCUAGACCAGCUCCUGGCUCAAGACGCAGAUAUAGCUGAUGAAGAUGGCCAAGGGAACAUCAAGGAAACACAGCGCGAGCAGAAGCGCCUGACGAAGGUUUUGGACAAGCUUGCUCAAAGGCUUGCACAGGUAGACGAGUCUAUGGAACAAGCAAACUCACGCGUAACGGAACUUACCCAACGCAAUGCGGAGUCCCGACGGGAGUUGGAGGAGCUUGCUAAGUCCAUCGAGAAGCAUCAACGUCGAAUGGAGAAGAGUAUGCAGAAGAAGGCAGCCUUGACGAAGCAGGCGGCUGAAUGUGCUGCCAAUAUCCGUGACCUUGGGGUCUUGCCGGAUGAAGCAUUCACCAAGUACAAGAAUACAGACUCUAACACGGUUGUUAAGAAGCUGCAUAAGGUGAAUGAGGCACUCAAGAAAUAUGCCCAUGUCAACAAGAAAGCGUUUGAGCAGUACAACAACUUCACCAAGCAGCGAGAGACACUUACCAGUCGAAGGGAGGAACUUGACGCUUCGCAAAAGUCUAUCGAUGACUUGAUCUCUGUGCUGGAUCACCGAAAGGAUGAAGCGAUUGAGAGAACAUUCAAGCAGGUGUCUCGUGAAUUCGCUACUAUCUUUGAGAAACUUGUUCCUGCCGGCCGAGGGCGUUUGAUCAUCCAACGUAAAACAGAUCGUACCCAGCGGGCGGAGGACGAUCUUGAGUCAGAGGAUGAGGAAGCGAAGCAUAGCGUGGAGAACUAUGUCGGAGUUGGAAUCAGCGUCAGUUUCAACAGCAAGCAUGACGACCAGCAGCGCAUCCAACAGCUUAGUGGAGGGCAGAAGAGUCUCUGUGCGCUUGCCUUGGUCUUCGCUAUCCAGGCUUGUGACCCAGCUCCAUUCUAUCUUUUCGACGAAAUCGACGCGAAUCUGGACGCCCAGUACAGAACUGCUGUUGCACAGAUGCUGAAAACCAUUUCCGACUCCACAAACGGACAGUUUAUUUGCACGACCUUCCGACCAGAGAUGCUGCAUGUCGCCGAGAAGUGCUACGGAGUUAGCUUCCGACAAAAGGCUAGUACAAUCGACGUCGUGUCAAGGGAAGAGGCACUCAAAUUUGUCGAGGAGCAGAAGUCAUAAGAUGAUGGUGAUGAUCAGUUCCCUAAGGGGAAGUCACGGGGCUUACCAUGUUUCUAUCAUUUAUGCUCAUUAUCUCUGUACUUUACCAGUUUUCAGGAUUCCCAAUCUAGCACGUCUGAGGCCUUUGAUUUUGUAUCAUGUCUGUCUAGUCUUAGUACUCUUAAGUAUACCAUCAUUCACCCGUCCACUCAUAUAUCAACCGAUCAGGAACAUCUCUAAGAAGAAUAUGAACAUGCUCCAAUCCCCUCACGCUCUGCAAGGCGGUGUAAUUCUUAAACCACAGAACCCGAUCUUGCGGAUCUUUUACUCCAUCCUCCUUUGCCAGCCUGUCUACAAACAUUCGCUGCACGAAAUUCUCAAUCAGCGCAUGGCUCUCCGCCGUAAUGACCCCGUCUGCAUCUUGCACGGGGAUCGGCGUCCGCGACCACACGACCAAAUGCGCGAUCCCCUUAGCUAGCCCGUAGGGCCAGUCGUUGCGGAGAAUCUUGUAGUCUGCGGGGUCGGCAAAGGGGAUCGGGUUGUUGAAGCUGGGCCCUUCCGUCGGCAACUGCCACCCUAGCCGCCGCUGGCAGAUAUAGUUGAUGAUUGUGCCAUAUUUGGCCUUGGUUUCUUUGGACCAGGCCAGAUAUCGGACCAGAUCGGAGGGUUUCCGCUUGAGGAUA